CGUAGAUUUCACUCAGAGGCGGUGGAAGCAGCUGUGAAAAAAUACGAUUUUUAAAAAUAUUUUGUUUAAUCGAUAUUAGCAUUCUCUAUUUUACAAGCCAGUGUGGUUAUUUUCAGUUGACAUUUUACGUUGCAUUCUCACCUUGUUGGAUUUACUAUACUCUGAAUCUGAAUUUCGUCGAGAGAAAAUGCCUAACAGAACAAUGGCGAUGCAAGUCCUGUUGUUUAUUUGGAUCCUCAUGCUCAACGCAGUGCACGGACAGGUCAGUUACUCCAUUCCUGAGGAAAUGCCAAAAGGCUCUUUAGUUGGUGACAUUGCUCAGGAUUUGGGUUUAGAUGGACAAAGACUAAAAUCAGGUAAAGCUCGUAUUUAUACGGGAGACAACGCUGAAUACAUCGAGCUGAAUAAAGAAAGGGGAGUGUUGCUUGUUAAAGAGAGGAUAGACCGAGAGUCACUGUGCGGACAGACUACGCCUUGUGCUCUGCAUUUUCAGAUUACACUGGAAAAUCCCAUGGAGCUGUUUAGUGUCACAGUUGAAAUCACAGAUAUAAACGAUAAUGCUCCCAACUUUAAAAACAACGAGAAACGAUUUGAAAUAAGUGAGUCUGCGAUUGUCGGGUCGAAGUUUGUAUUAGAGAAAGCGAUAGACACCGACAUUGGCACUAACAGCCUGCAAACAUAUACUUUAACACCAACGAACAAUUUUAAAUUAAAACUUGAGAGUCAAACUGAUGGAAGUAGAAAGGUUGAAAUGGUUUUGCAAAAACCUCUCGACCGCGAAAAGCAGGAAAAUAUAUCCUUACUGUUGACAGCCAUAGAUGGCGGCGAACCGCAGAUGUCAGGAACAUUUCAUAUCCAUAUUUCUGUCCUUGAUGCGAAUGACAAUGCACCCGUUUUUACAAAACCACUGUAUAAAGCCGUAGUAAUGGAGAAUUCUGCUAAAGGAUCAUUGGUAACCAGGGUCAGUGCGUCCGAUGAGGACAAAGGAUUAAAUGGACAUGUUAAUUAUGUAAUCUCUAAUACUGAUGUCGUAUCGGAAUUAUUCAGAAUAAAUGAAAACGGUGAAGUUAUUUUGCUUGGUGAAGCUGACUAUGAAAAAGCAACGACUUAUCAAAUUGAUAUUGAGGCCAUAGAUAAUGGUGGGUUGUCUGAUUCGAGCAAAAUACUUGUAGAUGUGACUGAUGUGAACGACAACCCUCCAAGUAUUGAUAUUAUAUCGAGAUCCAAUUCAGUGAAUGAAAACUCUUCUCCAAAUACGGCUAUAGCUAUCAUAAGCGUCAACGAUCGCGACGCGGGGGACAAUGGACACGUGAUAUGCAGCAUUACUGAAAAUCUCCCCUAUGCAAUCAAAUCAACCGGUUCAGGGUUUUACAGCAUUGUUACAGAUAGUGAUUUAGACCGGGAGAGAGAGUCUGAGUAUAAUGUCACUGUAAUGUGCGCUGAUGAAGGAUCUCCAUCGCUCUCCAGUAGCAUCACUCUCUCUUUACAGAUAUCAGAUGUGAAUGAUAACGCACCUGUCUUUGAGAAGAGCUCAUAUGAGGCCUCCAUUUUAGAAAAUAAUUCACCAGGCCUCUCCAUAUUCACAGUCAAAGCCAGAGACGCAGACUCGAAACAGAAUGCCCGUAUUUCUUACAUACUGGAGGAGUCCUCGGUUAACGGAGUGCCUGUGUCCUCUUACGUGUCAGUCAGUGCUGAUAGUGGCAUUAUUCACGCACUGCGCUCUUUUGAUUACGAGCAAAUUAAACAUUUUAAUUUCCGUGUCAAAGCGCAGGAUGGAGGCAACCCGCCUCUCAGUAGCAACGUGAGUGUGAAAAUUAUUAUUCAGGACCAGAACGACAACGCGCCUCAGAUUCUGUAUCCAGUACAAACUGGUGGCUCUGUGGUGGCUGAAAUGGUGCUUCGUUCAGCAGAUGUGGGCUAUCUUGUCACUAAAGUGGUGGCUGUGGAUGUGGACUCUGGACAGAAUGCCUGGCUCUCAUAUAAACUGCAGAAAGCGACAGACAGAGCGCUGUUUGAAGUGGGCUUACAGAAUGGAGAAAUAAGAACUGUGCGUCAAGUCACUGAUAAAGAUGCUGUGAAACAGAAGCUCACUGUUGUAGUGGAGGACAACGGACAGCCCUCUCGUUCAGCUACAGUCAAUGUUAACGUGGCGGUGGCGGACACUUUCCCUGAAGUGCUCUCGGAGUUCACUGACUUUACGCACGACAAGGAAUACAACGACAACCUGACAUUUUAUCUAGUCCUGGCCUUGGCUGUAGUUUCUUUUCUCUUCAUCGUGUCCAUCAUAGCUAUACUAUCAGUGAAAUGCUACAGAUGGAGACGUGAGCGGAUGUUUUAUAAAUCCAGUGCCAAUCUGCCAGUUAUUCCGUAUUAUCCACCUCUUUACGCAGACGUCGGGGGAACAGGAACUUUACAACAUAUGUACAAUUACGAGGCUUACAGUACGAAUGACUCUAGAAAGAGUGAUCUGAAAUACGCCAGACCUCCUACUGAGAGCAUCAUUAGUCUGGACUCUAAUGGAACACAGACCUUUACGCAUGCGCAUAUGGGGAAACCUGCUGUCUCUGAUGAUCAGGUGAGGUCUAGGAAGUUGUGCUUAAUGACACAAUUAAUUUAUUAUACAUAACUGUAAUGUAUAAUAAAU